AUGCAAAAUCUGACCGAAUCCCUAGACAAUGCCACAUCCAACAACAGCACAUCCAUCAUAGUAAAGGUGUGUGUGGUGAUCCCACUGUUCUGUGUCUUUCUCUACUGCAUCCUGCUAAUGCUGCAUACAUUUGCCUCACACCGUCAAUUCUUCGACAGCUCACGCUACAUCCUGUUUGCCUACAUGCUGGUUAAUGACACACUGCAGUUACUUACUUCUGUGCUGCUCUUUCUAUUUGUCAUGGGCAAUGUGAAGCUGGCCAUCGUCUACUGUGCACCACUUCUUUUUGUCUCAGUUGCCACCUUUCAGAAUGGCCCACUAAUCCUAGCUGCCAUGUCAUUAGAACGUUAUGUGGCGAUCUUCUACCCGCUGCGCAGACCCAUCUCCUGGAGGCCGGAAAGAAUUUGGGUGAUUGCUUUGAGUUUGUGGAUCAUCAGCUGUAUCCCUCCUACUGUGGACUUCAUCCUGAUGCGCCCCAAUGUGGGCUGGGAUGUCUUCACCACCCCGCUGGUCUGCAAAAACGGGGUACUCAAUAACUUGCCCAUCCAGACUCUCUUCAAAGUGGCUGUGAAUGCACUCUUCUUUGCUGCAGUGGCUGCUAUUAUUUUUUUUACAUACAUUCGAAUCCUUUUGGAGACUCGAAAGAUGCGUCAGGACCGGGCCUCUGUAACCAAAGCCCUACACACCGUGGUUUUGCAUGGAUUCCAGUUGGUACUCAGCAUGAUGGUCUUCACGUUCCCCAUCACUGAAACCCUGAUUAUGUUAAACAUCAGAUGGAUGCUGGAACAUAUUCAGUUUUUCAACUACUUCUGCUUUGUGUUGCUGCCACGCUUUCUCAGCCCACUCAUUUAUGGCCUCAGAGAUGAGAGCCUGAGGUGCUACAUGAAAAAAGCCAUGCCUUGCUGUAGGGCUCGUGUUGGGCCACUUAAAAUUUCUAAAUAUACUGGGUCACAUAAAAUUUCAAAAUAA